AUGUCCCGUCGCCGCGCCGCCAGCCUCAGCAACCUCCCGACGUCGUCGCGCGUCCUGCGCAACCAUGCGGCCAAGGCGACGCCAGCGCCGCCCGUCGCGCCGCGCAAGCAAGAGGGCCACCUCGACGAGAGCGCGAUCGAAGACACGCGUGGUGGGCCCUUGACGCUCGACGCGCUCGAGCUCGAGGUCUUGUCCCGGUCGCCGUACUACCUCGUCAUCAACAAGGGCGCCGACGUGCGUCUCGACGGCGACUUUAACGUGACGAUCGAGAAGGCGCUCGCCCGCGACUUUCCGGACGUGCCCAAGUUUCGCUGGAUCCACCAGCUCGACUUUGCCACGUCGGGUGUCAUGUGCAUUGGCACGACCAAGGAGUCGACGUCGGCGGCGAGCGGACUCUUUCAGAAAAAGUGCGUCGAGAAAGAGUACCUCGCACUCGUCCAUGGCACGAUGCCGCUGCUGCCGCCGCCAAGCGCGCCGUCCGUCGCGUUCUCGCGCCUCGCCGACUUUAUCGCUGACAGCGACAACCCGAUCCUGCCCAAGAAGCAGCACGAGCUCAAGUUUACGCGCAAGUUCAAGGGCCCGCGCACGGGUCCGUCCCUCUUUGCGAUGGACCAAGGCGUCGUGCGGCGAAAGAUGCACGCAGGCGACGUGCUCUCGGACGCAGAGAAGGACCUUCUCCGCAAGAAGUGGAACGACCUCGCCGACGACCUCCAGCAAGCGUAUUUUGCCCGCGCCGCCGCCGACCGCCUGCGCUACGAAGCCGAGCUUGCGGCACAACUGCAGGCCGAAGCCCCGCGUGUCGACGUCCAGUACAACGCGCCGGUCGUCGCCAACACCGGUGGCCGCCGACCCCGGGCCAUGUCGGAGCUCGCGCCGACGACCAAGCGACCUCGCUUGGACAGCGAGCCGGACGAACCCAUGGGCUACAUCUUUAACCAACCGAUUGCGCCGUCGCCCGACCACUCGUUCCGGAUGGAGAUUGUCCCGCCCAGUGACCCGCGCGGCAAGGUCUCGACGACCGUGGCGUUUGUUCUGGGCCAUGGCACGAUCGACGGCAAGCCCGUGACGAAGGUGCUUUUGCGUCCGCUGAGUGGUCGCCGGCACCAGCUCCGAUUGCACUUGAGCCAGUACGGGUAUCCCAUCGUGGGCGACGUGACGUACGGUAGCGAGGAGGACGAUGCGCCGCGCAUGAUGCUCCACGCUUGGAAGCUCCACCUGAAAUUCAACACCCCGGACCAGCAACGCGAGUAUGGCAACACGUGCUUCAAGUCGGCCGAUCCGUUUGCGCAUCUGGUCAAGACAACGACGCUAGUCUCGACGCUGAGUCUCGCCAAGCCCAAGGCGCCCCGCGUCGGCCGCAAGAGCUCGCUCAAGUAGACGUCUUUAACAUUGGGAAUCUCAAACGUCACGAACUUGAUCG